AUGAACAGAAUGUCAAUUCCAUAUAAUGCCUUUCGAUCUGUGCAUUUGGAUUUUUUGCGAGUGUUGGAUAAUAAUUGUAUUAACGAAUCAGCAGAGACACCUCAUAAUAUCAACAGAUUUAUUGUAAUGGCAGAUCUUUUGUGUUCAUCAUUAGGUGAAUUCGAAGCAUUUGAAUUAUAUGAGAAUGAAACAGGAAAAGCUCAGAUGAACGUACCACUAAGAAAACUUGCUGUAAGCGUCCAAUUGUCCAACGAUACCAGUCAGUGUUAUAGUCACGUCCAUCAGUAUCACAUUUCACCAAAUGUUCAGACAAAAUCAUAA